AUGACAUUCAUAGCUGGUAUGAAUGCAAUUUGCUCAUCAACAUUGCUCUUCAAGAAAUAUGGAGGCAACUGCCUUCUAUCAAUGAUAGUAAACGCAUUGUUUCUCGCGAUGCCGCUCGUCUUCACGGAGUUUUGGUUGGAGCAGUACAUGUCGAUCAGUCCAGGCUCGAGUUUUCAAAGAAUGGUGCUCGCAUUUGCAGGACUAAAGUGGAUAACGAUCACGCCCAACCUACUCCUCGUUGGAAACUGGAUUAUGCAAGGAGCACUUUACGUUGAAUUGGUCCUUGAAGCGAUCAUAAAAACGGGCAUCACGAACUUCUACGAAAGUUGCAGGAUGUACUUCAACGAUGACACUAUUCGCGUUAUUGAAGGUAAAGUACCCAUCGAGGAGGCAAACAAUAAUUAUUUGCUCGCAAAACCAAUGGUGGCAAAGAUCAAUUUGACAGCGGUUGCAUUUAAGCAACUUCUCAGCCAAUAUAAAGACAAAGACCCCGAUAUGAACGAUGUAACAGUCCAAGCAAAGUACAAAAAAGUCCAGAAGGAUCUCGAUAUGCAAUUUCAAACUCUUGUUCAACAAUACACUGGAAUCAACAUCACAGAAAUUAUU